CUGAUGGUUGCAUUAAUUUAAAGCAGCAUUUGUGGACCACAAAUAUUACUGUUAUUAGUGCCGCUAUUCACUGGCUAAUUUCUGAACCGGUUCACCCUGGCAAGGAUAUGCGAGAAAAAAUCAGUGAGAGAGAGAGAGAAAGAGAGCGCAAUGCGCGCGCGUGGUGAGAGAAAGCCCGAGUGGGCGGGGCAGUGGAGGGGGCGUUGUGUUUUGAAACGAAUUUGUUCGUGUUGAGAUUUUCACACUACAGCAACAACAUAGGCACCCAAAGAAAUUUUCCACUUGUAUUUAAAAAUAGGAUAAAAGAGUCUUGGGGUAGAAGUGGGGUUUGAACUCGGACCUUUCGCUAAGCUGCUACAAACUGUAAAUGUCAUCAAAAUAGUGCAUAAAAUGUAAUGCACGUGUGCUUUUUUCGGUGUAACAAGGAGCGCGGAGAGCGCAGAAGCCACGUGGCUCUCUCGGGCGUGUUUGUGUUUGUGGCGAAAACAAUGUAAGCUGAAAAGGAUCAAAAGCGCAAGGCGUUGUUGCAGGACCUAAUAGCAGUGCACAAAGCGAAAACGGGAAAGGCAGGAAGAGCGAACGAGCGCUAGUGAAAUAUGAAAAUUGCAUUUUCCUCUUCCUGUGUGGGGGUGCUCCAUUGAAAAUUCCGUCAGCACGAGGAGUAUCCUCUUUAACGGCUCUGUGUGCGUCCUGCGGAAUUCAGCAGUUGGGUGCAGUCCAGUUCAGUGCCACGAAAAAAGUAUUGGAGCAUCAAUAAGAGUGUACGCCGUCGCCAGUCCGCAGUUUGGCCCUCGGCAGUGAACUUAACUUUUUUUGUUUUAGCGCCUGCUGCAGUUUUUCCCCGUGUGCUUGUCAGAGGCAGAGAAAGGAGAAGGCGCUGGUGGAGGAGCAAGUGGCGCCAGUGGUGGAGGUGGCAACGACAUCGGUUUAGGCAUCGGCAUCGAAAUGCUCAAGGCUCUGUACGACUUCCAGGCGGUCUAUCCCAAGACCAUCAGCUUCGAUGAGGGCGAGUACUUCAUCCUGUACCAGACGUCCGCCCGCCAGCGCAAUUGGUGGCAGGUGGUCAGCAUGAAAGGCAACAUUGGCUUUGUGCCCUCCAAUUACGUAAUGAAGAUUAAGGUGGAGCACGACUUUCUCAUCAGCUUUCUGAACUCCUCAAUAGAAUCUCUGGAGAAGUGUACGGAUCAUGAGAUCAAUGGCAUCAUGUCCAAGGACGAACUACUGGACAGGCUGCGCGAAAAGAAGCACACCAUGGAGCGACUGUAUGCGGAGAGUUCCGAGCGCGACGGCGACUCCUCGCUGUCCUAUUCACACAGUUACAGUGACAAGGGUAGCCACCGGCACUCGCAUCCCCAUCCCACCCAAUCCCAGACGCAGCUUCAUUCCCAGCACAGGCAGCACAGUCCGCCGCCAGGUGGCAGCGGUGGCUCUCAGCGUUUGGACAUGAGCAAGAAGAGCAUGUCCAGUCCAGCGGUGGGCUCAUCGUGCGGCCUGCCCCAGAAUCAGGGCAUGAUCGAGUCGCCCAGCAUGGGCGCAAUGCAGUUCCAGGGCAGCAGCUGCACCAUCCAGACGCCGCAGCAGCAACAGCCGCUCCCAGCACCGCCAGCACCAGCUCCAUCACCAUCAGCAGCACCAGCCACACCCACUGCGGCUUCAACAAGCAAAGCGGCCACCGGCGGGGACGUGGCCCAGGACAAUAGCAUUACGUCAGAACCAUCGGAGACGACAACGACCACUACGACGACCAGCGAAGAUGUGGUCACCACUUACAAGGAGACCAGCCAAAUGAGCACCAGCCAGCAGCACAAGCCGCAAAAUGGUAGCACUGCCUCGGCGUCCAUUUCCGCAUCUGCCUCGGCCUCAGCUGUGCGCAGCAACGGCGGGAACGGCAAGGCCAACGGGAGUACGGCUGCCCUGCACCAGGAGCUACAGCAGGAGGAAGCGGACAGUGCGCCGGACAAGUCGGAUGAUGCCAGCGUCGUGCAAAGUGACGACGUUUGCCAGGCCAACGGAGACAGUGCGGAUAAUAGCCAGGCGCUGGACAGCAUCGAUAGUCCGUCGCAUAGACAACGCGGCCUGAGUCUCGCCCGAAUCGAGGAGGGAGCCACAGGAGGCGGCCAGCUUAAGGUGGAGUCCUCGGAUGUCUAUCAGAUUGUGGACGCCCUGCGGCGGAACACCAACCUCAGCUUCGAUCUCUCCUGCGAGGCGUUGCGCGUGGUGCUAACCAGCCUGGAGCAGCUGUACAAUGGGGCCAUCAAUCCGUACCUGGAGGCGGUGGCCGUCCAUGUCACUGGAAAGGUGGCCACGCCCAAGGAGCUGCUAGGCAUUACGCACGACGCCAAGCGGUUGCAGUAUCUCUUUGCCCAGCUGGCAGACUGCAAGAACGACACCGAGCAACGCACUUGGAUGCUCUACGAGGACGAGGAGGACAUCAUUCAGUUCCUUGAGGAGCUCGUCGAGAUUUUGAUCAACGCUGAUGAGAGCAUAAGUUGCUACGAGAUGUCCUGCGAUCAGUACCAGAUGUUCAUCAAUCUGGUGCAGUACUACCAGAUGGAGACGCGCUGGUCUAUCAAGCGACUGCUGCUCAAGACCUUUACGGCUGCUUGCCAUCUGGACUAUAUCAUAGUAGAUAUAUUGCUUACCUCGGUGCUGCCACUGGAGAUUGUCGAGGACAUGAAGACGCACUUCUCUAAUCUGGAUCGCUUCAAGCAGCUAGUCAAGAUGCUCACUAUUAUCUUCUCACUUGGUCAGCCCAUGCCGGUUAAUCAUCAGGAUUAUUUGGGCGUCCACUUUGCCAGCUUCCUGCUGGAAAUUGUCGAGGGCAAUAAUCCGGAGGUCUUGGUGGACAUGGUCAUUGCCUUGAUAUUGGCAUUCAACCAGCAAUUUAGCGAACACACCUAUAAUGUCAUCAUCGAGGGUAUGCAGAAUCUGCCAUCCGCCAAGGUGUUUACAGAGAAGCUGCUACUUUUGCUCAAUCGGGAGGAUGAUCCCACACGCUUGCUCAAGCACCCCAACGAGCAUAUGAACACUGUGCUGCGAAUGUUUAUUGACAUAUUCAGCCAUCCAGAUACGGCGGGCAUGUUCUACACGAACGACAUCAAGGUGCUUAUCGAUAUAGUCGUUCGUCAGCUGUCCGAUUUGGAUGCCGGCAGUACGACGCGACCCUGCUAUUUGGAGCUGUGCCGACGCAUCCUGCGCAAUACGAACUAUCAGGAGCACCAGCACCGCAAGCAUGAUCUCAUGAAGAUCUUCACGCGCAUCUUCUGCGAGGAGACCGAGUGCAGUGCCUCCGAUCAGCAGCUGGUGCGGGAAAUAGCGAACGAGUUUCCGCAGCUGUUCAAGGCCUAAGGCUCAUACGAUCCGUAAAGCAAAACCACAAAAGCCCAAACCAAAACGAAUUCACGGAGGGAAACCAAAAUUGUAAAGCGUUGCUAGUGAGGCAAGCCGUUUAAAGCGAGCCAAACCGUAAAAUCAUAAAUAAUAAUAUCCGUUACUCGUAGAGUAAAAGGGUAUACUAGAUUCGACGAAAAGUAUGUAAAAGGUAGGAGGAAGCGUUUCCGACCAUAUAAAGUAUAUAUAUUCUUCAUCACGAUCAAUAGCCAAGUCGAUUUGGCUAUGUCUGUCUGUCCGUAGUAUCGCAAAAACUAUAAAAGUUGAGAUUAAGCGUGAAGAUAUCAGAGACAUAGACGCAGCGCAAGAUUGUUUCUAAAUAUUUUCACGCACACUUUAAUGCCCAGAAACCACCCAAGACUGUCACGCCCACACUUUUGAAAA